AUGCUCACCGAGAUAUUCCUCCCCUGGGUGCUCAUCGCCAUCUCGGUGGUCUUCUUCUUCAUCACCAUCGCCAAGCUCGUCCUCGCCGCGGAUUUCGGAACGCUCCUAUCGCGCGAAGCCUUCAACGAGGCCUGGUUCGGCAACUUCUGGGCCUACCACGGCCCCAUCGUCAAGACCAACUCGGCACCGCGCGUCCUCCCUCUGCUCCAAGGCCGGGUCCGCCACGGACGGAUCCACGACGAACCCCGCUGCCCGCCCGUCAGCGGCACCGUGCUCGAGGUCGGCGCGGGAAGCGGCAUGUGGGCGGACGUCUUGGCCACCGUCACCCAGGACGCCAAGGGCCCGCUGACGAUUUACGGCGUGGAACCCAACGCGUACUCGGCGGCUGCGCUGAAGAAGCGGACGGAAGCCGUGGGCUUGGGAAAAGUGUACAAGGUCCUGCCCGUGGGCAUCGAGAGCCUCGGCGAGACGGAUGCCAAGAUUGGGCCCGAGAGCCUGGACUGCAUCGUCACGAUUCAGUGUUUGUGUAGCAUUCCCGACCCGGAGAAGAAUGCUCGGCUGCUGUACGGCUAUCUCAAGAAGGGAGGUAGGUGGUAUGUCUACGAACAUGUCAAGGCCGAGAACGGGUUUGUCAUGCCCUGCUUCCAGACCUUGACCAACAAGAUAUGGACCCGGUUCAUGGGGACCUGUAACCUCUGCCGAUCGACGGCCAACACGUUAGCUUCGCUCGGAGACUGGGAGGACUUUGAUCUGGCGGCACCGAUAAUGAAUCCUCGUGGCGGCGAGCCUGGUGCAGCCGACAGCUUGGCAUGGGCAGUAGCCAUGGUGGUGGAUAUCGAGGCUUGGGGCUGUUUACGAAUCCUCAAGAUUAAUACCACCAACCCCUCCAACUUCUUCUCCCCGAGCGGCAUCACGUGUACCUACCAACCUACCCAGACCACCGGGUCGAAAGGCUUCAAAAAUGUCGUCGUCUUCGAGCGCGACGAAAACGAAGCCGUCCGUGCACGAGACUGGACGAUCCUGAUCCACUGGGCCCUGCCGAUUCUUCGUGACCUGGUGCCUGAAGAAGUGUGGGCGGCGUUCCCUCGCGCCGUGUGUAACCCCAACCUCGACUUCAACCAAGACGUCGAAGUUCUCCCUUGCUUCAAUGGCGUCACCGGCGGCAUCCUCUUCAAGAGUCCCACCCCCGGCGCCCGCCGCGUUACCCGCCAACGGCUCCGCUCCGUGCUCCUCUCGGGCGUCGACGUCCGCUGGGGCAAGGCGCUGACGGCGUUGACGACCUCGAACGACGCCGCCACCCUGUCGUUCGCGGACGGAGAGACGUAUGCCGCCGACUUUGUGUUUGGCGCCGACGGCACCUCGUCGACCGUGCGGGAGCUGCUGCUUGGCGAGGAGGCGAGCAAACCGCGCCUCUCGGGGUUGAUGUUUGCCACGGGCAUCGUCAAGGAUGGCGAUACUGCCAAGAUUCAAAAGAUUGUGGAUGCGCACCCCGUCGCCGCCAUCAUGAUGGGAACGGAUUCCGUGGGCGGAUGCGGAGUAAUGUACGCCGACGACCCACAAGACAUUUCGGCUUGGUCGACGUUUUGGGUCAAGAUCUGGAAGGGAGAACCCAUCAAUCUCCGCGGCCUAGAGGCUAUCAACUACAUCAAGGCCAAUACCAAGGGGCUUUGCGAGCCGUUCCAGUCCGCCAUCGACUUGACACCAGACGAUAGCCAAUGUCAUAUUGACGAGAUGAAGUAUUGGAUCACCGUCCCCUGGAAUAACCACGCGGGAAGAGUCGCCCUAGCGGGCGAUGCCGCCCAUCCCAUGCUUCCUUACCCCAAGGACGCGGCUGCGCGGGAAAAGGUCAUGUCGGCCUUUGACGCCGAGUUGGUGGAAAGGUGCUCCAAGGCCGUGCAGCAGUCGCUCGAUGAGGCCGAGCGCUCCUUUUCUCUCGAAACUCGGGAGGAUUCCCAGGAGCAGCACAUCAUAGCACGGUGGGGGCUCAAGACGAACCGUUCCGACGCCCGCAGGGAUGGCAUCACUCUAUUUUCUGCAAUAAGCGAGCGAGCGAUGCCGAUCAAUCCUCCCGAACCCGUCGACACCGGCAAGAGCCCCAGCCCCACCGCGUCCGCGCCUGGUGCGGCUGCCAGUCCGGACUGGGCGUCGCGCUCCCCAGACCCGGCCAUCGAGGCCGCGACAGAACCUCCCGAGGAAGACGAGUUCCUCGAACAAGAGUACGAUGCCAGCUCCACCGCCACCACCUCCGUCACCUCGAGCGUCUACGCGCACACCAUCGAGCACGGCCGCCGCUACCGAAGCUUCAAGAAUGGCCGUUAUCCCGUGCCCGACGACGACAUCGAGCAGAACCGCGAGGACAUGAAGCAUGCCAUGUUGCUCGAGUUGACGGACGGCGCUUUGCAUUAUGCGCCUAUUGGUGACGAUCCUCAGCUUAUCUUGGAUAUUGGCACCGGCACCGGCAUUUGGGCUAUGGAUGCUGGCGACACAUACCCCAGUGCCCGCGUUCGCGGCAUCGACCUUUCCCCAUCCAACCCGUCUGGUGCCCUAAAACCCGGCGGCUGGGUCGAGCUCCAAGAACUGCACGGCGCCCCCAUGUGCGACGACGGCACCAUGCUCCCCGACGACCCGGUCAAGGCCCUGUACGACCUCGCCGCCCAGGCCUUUCUCAAGUUCGGCAUGAACGUCACCGUCACCUCCGAGCUCGAGCCCUUACUCCGCGAAGCCGGCUUCGAAAACAUACACUGCGUCGUGAAAAAGGUGCCCAUCGGGCCCUGGGCCAAGGACAAGACCCUGCGCCUGGUGGGCAAGUACCAGGAGCUCGCGGUGCAGGACAUCAUCCCCACCUUUGCCGGCAGGCCCUUUGAGGCCCUCGGCAUGUCCCAGACGGAGAGCCAGGUCAUGCUGGCCAUGGCGAGGAAAGGCUUGGCGGACCUGUCUAUCCAUCGGUAUUUCAACUACUACUUUUGGUUUGCCCAAAAACCGGAGGAGGUUUAG